UUUGAUAUUCAUAUUGACAUGCAAGAAGAAAUCGCAUAUUCUUACUACUACUUGUAGUAAAAGCAUGAAGCAAUCGUCCAUGGUCCGUUCUUGUUCUUAUUCGAUAACAUUUCGUUUUGUUUUCAUUUUCGUAUCCCUUUGUAUCUUCCAUGUGACGACGACUCAUGCUCAAGUAGUACACCGACGGCUCUGGCCGUGGCCACUGGGACCUUGGCCAUCAAAUCCCUGGCCAUCGAGGCCUUGGCCGUUUCCUUGGCCAAUGGAACCUCCACAAUCUGGCCCACCACCAAACCCAUCACCAUCACCAUCACCGAAUCCUGGUCCACCACCUGGCCCAUCUCCAUGCCCACCAAUACCACCUAAGCCUCAUCCAAAGCCACCACCAGCCCCUGGUCCAUCUUCAUGUCCACCAAUACCACCUAAGCCUCAACCAAAGCCACCACCAGCCCCUGGUCCAUCUCCAUGUCCACCAAUACCACCUAAGCCUCAACCAAAGCCGGAACCAAAACCAUCACCUGCCCCGUCUCCAUGCCCACCGCAACCAACAAAGCCUCAUCCAAAGCCACCACCAGCACCUGGUCCAUCACCAAAACCAGGCCCAUCACCAUCACCACCUAGUCCAGCUCCGAAACCUGUACCACCACCUUCUCCAUCGCCAAAACCUAGCCCACAUAAGCCACCUGCCCCAUCGCCAAAACCUAGCCCACCCAAGCCACCUGCCCCAUCACCACCUAAGCCACAGAACAAAACCAUACCGGCAGUGUUUUUCUUUGGUGAUUCGAUCUUUGACACAGGAAAUAACGAUGACCUAGACACAAAGCUAAAAAGUAAUUAUCGUCCCUAUGGUAUUGAUUUUCUUAUGGGAGUCGCCACCGGUAGAUUCAGCAACGGAAGGGUCGCUUCCGAUUAUAUAUCCAAAUAUUUGGGAGUAAAAGAAAUUGUACCGGCAUAUUUAGACAAGAAACUACAACAAAACGACGAUCUACAACAAAGCGAUCUACUUACGGGCGUAUCUUUUGCUUCGGGUGGUGCUGGCUAUCUUCCUCAAACAUCUGAAUCAUGGAAAGUAUUAACAAUGUUGGACCAGUUGAGAUAUUUCCAAGACUACAAGAAAAGAAUGAAGAAGCUAGUAGGAAAAAAGAAGACUAAACAUAUAGUGAGCAAAGGAGCAGCCAUUGUGGUCGCAGGAAGCAAUGAUCUGGUUUAUACAUAUUUUGGAAGUCGUGCUCAACGCCUCAAAAAUGACGUCGACUCUUUUACCACCAUGAUGGCUGAUUCUGCUGCCAGUUUCGUUUUGCAACUGUAUGGAUUUGGAACAAGACGUAUAGGAGUGGUCGGAACACCACCACUUGGAUGUACACCUUCACAGAGAGUUAAAAGGAAAAAAAUAUGUAAUGAAGAUCUAAAUUAUGCUGCUCAGCUUUUCAAUGCUAAGCUCUCAAUUAGUUUGGGCCAACUGUCCAGAACCCUACCAAAUUCUACAAUUGUUUACGGAGACAUCUACUCUAUCUUCAGUAAGAUGCUAGAAAGCCCUGAAGACUAUGGGUUUGAGGAGAUAAAGAAACCGUGUUGCAAAACAGGAUUGCUGAAAGGAGGUGUAUUCUGCAAAAAGAGGACAUCAAAAAUAUGUCCCAAUACAUCUUCUUAUCUGUUUUGGGACGGUAUCCAUCCCAGUCAGAGAGCUUAUGAAAUAUCAAACAGAAAACUUGUAAAGAAAUACCUCCAUUUUAUCUGAUUAAUAAGUAUCUUUAUUAGUAUAUUAUUGGUAAUCUUUUUAUCUUACGAAAAGGAAACUUUUGCAAUAUUAAUAAUGUAGGCAUGAUCAAUUUCUUCCACAAAUAAUGUAAACAAGAUCUGAGAUAGUCAUGUAAACUUUUGGUUUUUGUAAACAAAUUCCUCAACGA